AUGACUUGGAUGCUUGGCUGGUUCAUGUGCAAGACAGUGUCGUACCUUCAAGGCGUAGCAGUCAGUGCCUCCAUCAACACGUUGGUAGCUAUAUCCAUGGACAGGUGCCUGGCUAUCUGCUAUCCGCUCAAGUGCCAGUUGUCGACGCGUAGCGUGCGUAAAAUACUGCUGGUCAUCUGGACGUUCUCGGUGGCCAUAACGUUUCCCUGGGCUCUUUACUUCACGCUGCAACCUAUCCACCCCAGCAUACCAGGUGUCACCCUCUGCGUCGAGCAAUGGCCGGACGAGCGCUCUUCGACGCUGUACUUCAUCCUCGCACACCUCGUGCUCUGUUACCUCUUCCCGCUUCUGCUCAUCGUCGUCUGCUACGGCUGCAUUUGGGUCAAGGUUUGGCGGCGCAGCAUUCCGGGCGAGACCAAGCAGACAGACCUGAUGAUACAGAGGUCCAAGCUCAAGGUGGUCAAAAUGAUGCUCGUGGUGGUGGUGAUCUUCGUGCUCUCCUGGCUGCCACUGUACAUCAUCUUCACGAGGCUCAAGCUGGGAAGCGCUCCUGAAGAAGGCAGCGUCGACUGGAACCUGAUGCUCAUCUUGACGCCCGUGGCGCAGUGGCUGGGCGCCUCGAACAGCUGCAUCAACCCGGUGCUAUACGCGUACUUCAACCGCAAGUUCCGCCGUGGGUUCGUGGCUAUUAUCAAAAGCCGUAGCUGCUGUGGCACACUGCGCGAGCCAAGCUCGCUGCGGGGAACCACCAUCCGCUCGGCCGCUGGAGGGGGUGGAGCUGCCACCCACAGAGGACUGUCCAGGUACGAUACGCAGUGCGAGUACCUCUCCACUUCGGCCGUCUGAGGCCAUCCAGGACUUUACAUGCUCGGCGCCGCCCAUUCGCGCAUGACAGGGCAUGGAGCAUUUAAAGUAUUUCAGCACAUGGUGCAGUGAGAUCGCAAGU